CGCAUCCAGAUCCGAUCCAAAAUCUUGAAAUAUACAAGUUUUGUUGUCGCGGUGAACGGUUGGCGAAGCGCGUGAACUGCAUGCGUCUAAAUCUUUUUUCUGCCUGCUGACGGUACCGAAAAGUACAUAUAAUUUUAACAACAAACAGAAGACGGACGAGCGAAACAACGGUAGAUGCGCAACGAACGAAAGUGAAAGAGUAACCAGAACCAGAAACCGAAAGUCCAAUUGGGAUCUUCACAUCACAACCGGAAAGGCAACAACAACAACCCGAGCAGCUCCAAUCCGAAUCCGAGUCCGACAGAAUGGCCAAUUUCGACGAUACGUUGCAACGCGCCCGCCUCGCCUUUUCCAGUGGAAAGACCAGGAACGUCAGCUUUCGACGCAAGCAGCUGGAGAAUCUGCUGCGUUGCUAUGAGGAGCACGAGAACGAAAUCAUCAGCGCCUUGGAGGCGGAUCUGCGGCGUCCCAAGCAGGAGAGCCUCAUCGUGGAGACCGAGUUCAUGAAGAACGACAUCAAGCACAUCCUAUUCCACCUCGACGAGUGGGUGCAGUCGGAGAAGCCCUCCAAGUCUUUUGUGAACCUGAUGGACGACGUCCAGAUCUACAAUGACCCCUUCGGAGUCGUCCUGGUGAUCGGCGCCUGGAACUACCCGCUGCAGCUGCUGCUCGUGCCCGUGGCUUCCGCCAUCGCCGCCGGAAACUGUGUGGUGAUCAAGCCCAGCGAGAUUGCCGCCAACUGCGCCAAGUUCAUUGCCGAUGUCAUUCCAAAAUAUUUGGAUAAUGAUUGCUAUCCAGUUGUCUGCGGUGGACCCAGCGAAACCGCUGAGCUGCUCAACCAGCGUUUCGACUACAUCUUCUACACGGGCUCCACGCGCGUAGGCAAGAUUAUCCACGCCGCGGCCAACAAGUACUUGACCCCCACCACCUUGGAGCUGGGUGGCAAAAGCCCCUGCUACAUUGACAAAUCGGUGGAGUUACGCACUGCGGUCAAGCGCAUCCUGUGGGGCAAGCUGAUUAACUGCGGACAGACCUGCAUCGCUCCGGACUACAUCCUCUGCUCCAAGGAGGUGCAGGAGAAGUUCAUCGCGGAGGCCAAGGACGUGCUGAAGGAGUGGUACGGCGAGAAUAUCCAGAGCAGUCCGGAUCUAAGCCGUGUGAUCAACGCCAACAACUUCCAGCGCCUUCUUGGCCUGAUGAAGUCCGGCCGCGUGGCCGUCGGAGGUAACUACGAUGCCAGCGAGCGUUUCAUCGAACCCACCAUCUUGGUGGACGUGAAGGAGAGCGAUCCCAUCAUGGAGGAGGAGAUCUUCGGCCCCAUCUUGCCCAUCUUCAAUGUGGAGAGUGCCUACGAUGCCAUUAAGUUCAUCAAUGCCAGAGAAAAACCGCUUGUAAUUUACGUGUUCUCCAACUCGAAUAAGCUAGUUAAGGAGUUCAGGCGGAACACCACCAGCGGCGGAUUCUGCAGCAACGAAACCAUAAUGCACUGUGGAGUUGAUGUGCUGCCCUUCGGAGGAGUCGGCAUGAGCGGCAUGGGCAGCUAUCACGGAAAGUACGGCUUCGAGACCUUCACGCACAAGAAAUCUUGCCUGGGCAAGAACUUGUCCGCGUUCGGCGAGAAGUUGGCAUCAGCUCGGUACCCACCCUACUCGGACCGCAAGGGAUCGCUGCUCUCGUUCCUGCUGCGCAAGCGCCGUCCGCUGCCCAACCUGCAUCUGAGCCACGUGCUGGCCAUCGGACUGGGAGUCGGAUUGACGGUGCUGGCCAACUACUACCUACAGGUAAGGAAGGGCAAGCUGUUGUCGAAGUAGAAACUAUGAUGCGAGCCGGAGCUGGGUGAGCCUGCGCCAGAGGAUUCCCAGCCAACCAACCACUUAAUAUUGGAAUUGUUUGCAAUAAAUGUUUAGGCGUAGGCACUACUAACUUCAUUGCACAUUCAGACAACUCACAUAAUAUAAACUACUGGGCCAUCUGGUGUUGCAAUGGUGUUGCAUUUUACACUGCAAUCUGAAAUUAUAUAUUUUGAAAUCGCCGACAAA